AUGUUAAAGACUCUCGAGGAAUUGAAGGAACGUCGGGAACCCGAGCUCAUCGCCGCAGAGAAGUUCAUCAAAGGAGAAUUCGAGAGUCCAGUCAACGAGCAUCAGAAGCGGAACGUGAUCGCUAGGGUGUCCGCGCUGGACGGUCCUGGUGAGACGAACGUCGUGGAAGCGUGUUCCCCGAUCGUUUACCCUGCUCCUCUCCCGGGACGCACGAAAAUCCUUCACAUUGUUCCGGGAGGCCAUGUCUCAGCGAGAUCCGUGCUGAGCCGAUUACAAGACGAACGGAUCAUCCCCCGCGGAUCAGCGUCCAUCACCGCGGUUUCGAGUUCGACCUUCUUGGUGUCGACCGAGCACACCGGCCAUUUCGGAGUGGAAAUCGAAGGAGUACGAUGCCUGGCCCAUCUCCUGCAGUACGAGCCCAGACACAAGGGUCAUCGCGGCUCCUUCGCAGCUGGAUAUGCGAAUUUCCUCUGCGGCUCCGAGAGAGGACCAGUGUACCGAGUUCUCCUUCGAGCGGAAUCGGACGGAACACCUGUCGUGGUUAGUCGCUCUUAUGCGGCUGACUGUGAGAGUGUGUUCCUGAAGAAGCCCCGGGAGAAUCUGCGGGCUCGGUUCACUCGCUCAGGUCAGAGCUGUUGUUGCGAGGACCAAAAGCUCGGUACGACAGUCCUUCGGGCGGAGCACCUUGAAACCUCCGGCCUACUCUUCGCUGACAAGGCCGCGAGGACCAACUUCACGGUGAGCAAGGCUCCUUGCGGCAUCUGUGGAGUUGAACUGGCCAAGGAGACGAAGUUCCUCUCGAAGAUGGCCACAGCUCCGGCCCGCCAGGUCAGCUCAGAGGACGGAAUGCGGAAGUAUUUCUCCCAACGCUUCCGCCUGAUUUCGAGGUACCACGCAAGCCUCGGACUUAGCCAAACCGCCUGGUUCUCGGUGUCUCCGGAAGAGAUCUCCAAGCACAUCGCGAGGAGAGUCAUCGCUCUCAGCCGGAGACUGGGGAGGAAGAUCCGGGUCUUCGAUCCCUUCUGUGGCGCCGGAGGCUUCAUCGUUCAGGCAGCCGUCAUGGACGAGGUCUCGAAAGUCUUCGCCUCUGACAUCAACGAGUACGAAGUCAACAGCGCGCGUCGGAUGGCGAGACUUUACGGCGUUCCGGAGGAGAAGAUAUCCUUCAGAGUCAGCAACUUUUUCGACCUGGAGGAGAAUCUGUUCAGAAGCCCGAUCGACGCGAUCAUCUGCGGCCCCCCUUGGGGCGGCCCAUCUUACUCGAAUGGCCUAUUUGAUCUCGAGAAUAUGGAGCCGAAUUUCAUCAAGAUCCUGCGGCACUGCGCCAAGUUCACCCCGAACAUCGCACUUCUGAUGCCGAAAAACAUGGCCCUGGAUCAGAUCCAUCAGAGCGCGAGAGUUGCGGGCUUGAGGGGCGGUGUGGAGCUUGAACUCAAUUUUUUGGCGGGUCGGGAAAAAACGGCCACCCUCUAUUACGGCGACUUGAUCAACACUUGUGAAUAA